AUGGUUUUGAAAAUAAGCGGCCGAAACGUUAUACGCUUGGUUCACAAACACAUAAGAUUCCAAACAAACGCAACUCGUAUCCAAUCGCUUGUAAACGCCACUUGUCGUGUCACAGCAACAAAGAGAGAGAUGGUGACACUGAUCGUAGCCACCACCUCCGACCCAGCGUCGAUCAAUCCCGCGACGGCGCUUCUCGCCAUGCCGGGAUGGACCGCCGGACCCAUCUUGCCGCCGGACAUCAAGAGCUUUACUAACCAGCAAACGAGAGUGAUUCAACACGAUGGAUCUAUAGUGAAAGAAGACGAUCUCGAUUUACGGUGGGAAGAAGUAACCGGAGAAGCCGUUGACGAAGUCAUCUUCCUCAGCCGUCACACCGCCGCCUCGAAUCGCCCUGCUCUCACUGUGCAUCCGAUUGGAGUGCUUCACUUAAAAGAAGGAGAAUCGCCGCCGCAUGGAGGACGGCCAGGGUGGGCGGCGUUGGUAAACCCUAGGAUUGGUCCAUGGUUGCGUCUUUUGAAGAAAAUGGCUGAAGCUCAUAACUUAGUUCCUGAGUUUGAGAUAACAUUGGAAGGUACUCAUCAUGGACCAAUAACUAGUAAGCCAACGAUGUUCUUGGAGAUUGGUAGUACAGAGGAAUACUGGAAGAGACAGGACGCAGCUCAAGUCAUGGCUCUUUUAAUGUGGGAAGGACUUGCCCUAGGAGGCGGUGAAGCCGUGGGAAACUGGAACAGUGAAUCCGGAAAGAAGAAAGUGCUUCUAGGGAUCGGAGGUGGACAUUAUGCUCCUCGUCACAUGGAUGUAGUUUUGAAAGAUGAUAUGUGGGUAGGCCAUUUGCUUUCUGGAUACUCAUUACCAAUGGAAGAACCAAAACCUGGAGAGAAUCACAUUGGUGGAACUUGGAGACAAUCAAUCAAAGCAGCAUUUGAAGCUACUAAAGCAUCAUUCCCGGGAGGCGAGAUCUUGGCUCAUCUUGAUCAAAAGAGCUUUAAAGCAUGGCAAAGGAAGGCUAUUACUGAGUUCUUGGCCGAACAGAACAUCAAUGUUGGGAAACCAAACGAUUUCACAUGAACUAUGAGACUCAUUAAACGUAUUCAAGAGCUGAGUUUUGGUUUAUUGAUUCAGAAUCUAUCAUUUGAUGGGUUUAGAUUGUUUUUAAACUGGUACAAUUAAGUUUAGAUUAAAAUUCAUCUUUAAGUCCUAUGUAAGUUCCCUUUCAGAUUCAGAUAGGAGAAGAAUAAAACAUGAAAGAACAAGAAAGACAAUACAGGAGAAAUGUGGAAUAAAAUAGAAGCUGAGUUGAGUUUUGUU